ACAAAAUUUUCAAAAAUGAAAAAAAAAAAAAAACGAUCAACGAUUGAUCAAGAAAAGUUCAUUGAGGAAAAAAAAGGUGACGGCCUCGACCGCUAGGGUUGUAAACGUUGGCGUUGGGUAUAAAAAUGCGUUUCCAAAUUUGGACCCUCAGCGCUCCGCUUCUUCUCACUUGUCACAGUUGUGCGCAGAACCCUAGAAGCUACAACUGCAAUCAAGGCAAUGCCUCCGAAAGCCGCUAAAUCCAAGGAAGCACCAGCCGAGAGGCCCAUUCUUGGCCGAUUCUCUUCUCACCUCAAGAUCGGAAUCGUGGGAUUGCCAAAUGUGGGCAAGUCUACUCUUUUUAACACCCUCACAAAGCUUUCUAUUCCUGCUGAGAACUUCCCCUUUUGUACAAUCGAGCCUAACGAAGCCCGAGUUAAUGUCCCUGACGACCGCUUCGAAUGGCUUUGCCAAUUGUACAAGCCCAAAAAUGAGGUUUCAGCCUUCUUAGAAAUACAUGAUAUAGCUGGACUGGUUAGAGGUGCUCAUCAAGGGCAAGGAUUGGGCAACAGCUUUUUGUCUCACAUCCGUGCAGUUGAUGGCAUUUUUCAUGUUUUACGUGCAUUUGAAGAUUCUGACAUCAUCCAUGUUGAUGACUCCGUGGAUCCUGUAAGGGAUUUAGAGACUAUUAGUGCUGAGUUACGGUUAAAGGAUGUUGAAUUUAUGGAAAAGAAGAUAGAGGAUCUUGAAAAGAGCAUGAAGAGGAGUAAUGACAAGCAAUUAAAAAUAGAGCUUGAAUUGUGUCAAAAGGUCAAGGCAUGGGUUGAGGAUGGAAAAGAUGUUCGUCUAGGGGACUGGAAAGCAGCUGAUAUUGAGAUAUUGAACACUUUUCAAUUGCUUAGUGCCAAGCCGGUUGUUUAUUUGGUUAACAUGACUGAGAAAGAUUACCAAAGAAAAAAGAACAAGUUCUUGCCAAAGAUUCAUGCUUGGGUGCAAGAACAUGGAGCUGAACCUAUCAUUCCUUUCAGCGGUGUGUUUGAGAGAAACCUUGCUGAUAUGGAACCUAAAGAAGCAGCACAGUAUUGUGAGGAAAACAAGGUACAAAGUGCUCUUCCAAAGAUCAUCAAGACUGGUUUCUCCGCGAUUAAUCUCAUAUAUUUCUUCACAGCAGGCCCUGAUGAGGUGAAAUGCUGGCAAAUUAGACGGCAAUCAAAGGCUCCUCAAGCUGCAGGAACCAUUCAUUCUGAUUUUGAGAGAGGAUUUAUUUGUGCUGAGGUCAUGAAAUUUGAAGAUCUGAAGGAGCUUGGCAGUGAGUCUGCCGUUAAGGCUGCUGGAAAAUAUCGGCAGGAGGGGAAAACUUAUGUGGUUCAAGAUGGAGACGUAAUAUUUUUCAAGUUCAAUGUUUCUGGAGGUGGGAAGAAGUGAAGUGAUGCAUAUGACAAUUACUUUCAACCCCAAGAGAGUGGAGUUAAAAGGCGAGUUUGAUAUUGGUUAUGCAUCAAUCAUCUAUUGUUUUGAUCUACGAGCUUUAUAGGGAGAAUAUUUGGACGAUAGCUCGUUCAGCACCAGCUGUUUGUAGAAACUUCUGUAUCCUAAUGCUGUUUUGCAUACAUCACUUACUAUAUAAUCUAAAAGCUCCGGAAAGCUAGUCUUGUGUAGCCUUGACAUUUAUUUGUUGCAGCAAUCCGAAAUUGCAUAUAUAACUGAAAUUGCAUUUUCUCGGCAGCUUUUAUCAGCUAAAAUGCUACUAUGUAGAAUUUAUUUUGGGGCAAUUUAUAUAUUUCAUGUUGUGUAAAAUAUUGAUA